AGAUGAUGGCGAUCAGCGGGCUGAGGCUGCUGCUUCUCGCGAUCAUGGCGGGAAAGGCGAAGGGUCAGUCUGCCACUGUUGCCGCGGCAGGAGCGACAGACGUGCAACCUCGUUCAGACAAGUUCGCGUUCCCCUUCUCCUACCCUUGUCAGAUUCCAGUCUACACCCUCCCUGGAGAGCAAGGAUUGUUCAAGAAGGCAGCCGACGGGACGUUCGAACGGCAGGCAGCAAACGAUCCCAUCUAUCAGUGCAGUGUGUUGGAGGGGGAUAUUUCCGAGAGCUACUGUAAGAGGAACGCCCCGAACUGGUCGCCAUCCCAGCUGUGGUGCACGUACCCUGACGGAGAUGCGAUGGCGAGGAACGCGGUCGAGGUGGUCAUGGCGAAACCUUCGGCACGCAACAAAUACUGCCAGAUGGCCAUGAAAGCCUACCUCUGCACUCUAUACUUUCGGCCUUGCAACGAGACAGGAGGUCUAGUGCGACCGAUCUGCCUCGAGGACUGCCUGAAUGCCUACAAGGCCUGCGGGUUUUCCAAGGGCUGGCGAGACCUGCAGUGCGGGGAGGAGAUCAAAGCGGGAUGGGUCACCUUCAUGGGCGACACUCGAUACCCUCCGGACGAGAAGGGGAAUGACUUGUGGAACACGGGGAUGCCUUCCUGCGAACGAGCGAUGCUACGAUCGGACUUGAGCCUGCGAGACGCGCUGCUGCAGCAUCAGACCUGGACUGAUCAGAUUGUAAAUAACUUCAACAAGAUCUUCGGGAAGAGCACGAGGCAAGCUUUGAAUGGAAAGGUGACUGUACAGCUAAGCUCUGCCACGAGGUGCCGCCAUCACUCCAUGUGGCUGAUGCAUCUCAUGGGCUCUGCUUCAUGCUUGUUUUGUAUAUCAGUAUUGUUUCUAUACAUGUAAAAAAUGAUUCAAUGAUG